GGCGUCGUUACAUAGAGAUUUCCGGGGAACUCAGCAACAUCAGGAAACUGUCCACACAGACUUCGCGAACCGUAGAUAUUUGUAGAGCCAGAUAUAAUUUCAGUUGCUUUUCCAGGGUAAUUGUCCCCUUAGUACUUUAAGUUCAGCUACGUAAAUACGUCAGUUUUUCAUCUUUACAGAGCUACAGGAUAAUGGCUGAUCAACUGACUGAGGAGCAGAUUGCUGAAUUCAAGGAGGCAUUCUCACUUUUUGACAAGGAUGGGGAUGGUACAAUCACUACAAAGGAGCUUGGGACUGUGAUGCGCUCUCUUGGACAGAACCCUACUGAGGCUGAGCUGCAGGACAUGAUCAAUGAGGUUGAUGCUGAUGGUAAUGGUACAAUUGACUUUCCUGAGUUCCUAACCAUGAUGGCCAGGAAGAUGAAAGACACAGACAGUGAGGAGGAGAUCAGAGAAGCUUUUAGGGUCUUUGACAAGGAUGGCAAUGGCUACAUCAGCGCAGCUGAGCUACGGCACGUCAUGACAAAUUUGGGUGAGAAGCUCACAGAUGAGGAGGUGGAUGAGAUGAUCCGCGAGGCUGAUAUUGAUGGCGAUGGUCAAGUCAACUAUGAGGAGUUCGUCCAGAUGAUGACUGCCAAGUGAAGAGAGCAUGAGGAUUUCUCUCAAUGUUGCUUGUCCUCUUAAGAUUACUGUCUUUAAGAAUAAAAAAAAGAAAACUUAUCAAAUGACAAAAUACCCCCCCAAAAUCUCUCACUUGUAGAAAUUUGCUAUUUAUGCUUCAAUACUUCCAACUACUUCUAAGGUAUCUGUUAGCUAACACCAACAGAAUAAUCCCUAGAGAAGUUCAUGGACCAAGCUUUAAUAGGGCCAGAGCCCUCCUACAUCAGACCAAGAUUCUGCUGACUCACUCAGCUCCUGAUUAAUUUAGAGGAAAGAGCAACACUGAAAAAGCAGAGGGAUAGGGCUUUUGUCUGUGUAGGGAAGUUCUUUUUUUUUAUUCUUUUCAGAUAGUCUUCAACAAAGAUAAUUGACUGUCUUGCACCAGUGGUGACUAAAUAAGUGAAUUGAGUACUCUUCUUGCAUGCACCCUUUCUGUAGCCAUCUCUUGUGACAACAAGGAGGCCCUGAUCCCAUCAGAGGUAGUGGUCAGAUUGUGUACACACUGGAGGUAUAUACAUAAACAUAUAGCUAUAUAUCUGUAAAAUUUGUGUCACUUUUGAUUAUUGCAAGAGCAAUUAGUUGAGAUGUAGGGUGUUUAUUGGUGCUCAGCUGGAGGUGAGCAUUUGUAUAACUUGAAGAGAUCAGGAAAAAAUGAGUGGAAAGUGCUGGAGGUUUUCUUGCACAUGAUGUAGUUUUGUUGUGUUUUGAGUUGUGGGCUUACAUGGCCUGCGGCACUGAUGGGAGACAGUAGUGUUAUGUACUGCUUCAGGAUGGUUAUUGUGAAAACACACUUAAGGACUGCAGUUAAUACAUUUGUUCUGCAAACAGAUAACACAAUAAUAAAAAAAAUUGAUGUAAUGCUUUUUAAAUGUGUUCUCAGAUAUGUAUCGACAACAAACUUUGGUUACAAAAUAUAUCUAUAAAUGUAUCGUAAAGUUUGCAUUGCUAUUGUUGUAGUAAAUGAGCUGUGACAUGUUUUCUCUUUGGUUUGAAAUGUGCCAUAAUACUCUUAACGCCUCAACUUACUUGCAAGACUGGUAGUUCAUUCAACUUAAUAUAAUAACUUAAAAAAUACAUGCAGUUAAAUAUAUUUGCACUUUGGUAUAAACUAUGUUGAUGUUUUAAAAAAAAAAAAGUUCUGACAGAAGAAAAAGAAACCAAAUGUCACUGACUGUGCUGCUAUGACAAUGCUAUGUUUCACUCAUUUCGUGUCCUUGUUGGUGUCUGAUCUUCAGUUUGUAGUCCAAACUUCACUGCUUGCUGUUUUCAGAACAGAAUACAUCUACUGUAUAUUCACUAAUACUACUUGUGGUGGGGGUGAUAUAUUUCAUUUGGGCGCUUGGACUGGGACAGGCUGAUGGGAAAAAGAGAGUUUUGUAGCAAAGAAUUCAGCCGUUGAUGUGCGAUUGAUUUUAGUGCUAAGUUUUUGAACGGUUGGCUGUGUUUAAAACAAAGGUUAGGUUGGGAUAGCUUAUGAUUUCUGCCAAGUGUGAAUGUUUAAAUAUUGCUUUAUUUGAGGCAUUUCUGCUUGUUACCUUAGAGUCAGGUGUUUGAAAGUAAAUGGUUAAAGGACUAUUAACUUCUGAAGGUAACAAUCAAAUGUAAAGAUGUGAUAUAUUUUCCAUAAAUCAAUAAAUUGACUGAGCUUUA